GAUUCUCUAAAAAAUCUACUGCUUGGGUUAUUUUUUAUCAGAAUAUAAAUAAACAUACUACAUGGUUAUCAAUUUCUCAUAAUAUGUUUAUACUACACUUACUUGAAGAACUUACAAUGUCCCAAAGAGGAGCACUAGAUAAAUUUAUUCUAAAGGAAUCUGAGCAUGUCAAUGAAUGCAAAAAUGAUGAUGUUUUACUAGAAGACGGGAGUGAGGUCAACAUUGAAAUUUUAGAUAAGACUGAUCAAAUUGAAGAUGUUGUUGUUGAAAAUAUUGAAAAGGAUCCAAGAAGAAAUCUGCUUUAAUAGAUAUAUAUGAUCCAAGAAGUUGGGAUGCUCUUGAUUCGUCUUUGAUUGAUAGCUUGGUAAAAAAUGGCCCAAAAAGAGAUUUUUCACUAGUAAAUGGUCCUAGAGAUAAAUUUGGGCGCAGAUUUUCUUCAACUAGUUACACAAGAGAAUUACGAAAUGGGGAAAAAAAGUGAUCGCCUGUGGCUCGUUUAUUCUAAAGAGCUGGACAAAGUAUUUUGUUUUUGUUGUAAGAUUUUUCGAAAAGGGGUUGUUAAAGGUGUUUUAGUAAAUGAGGGAUUCAAUGAUUGGGCACACCUCAGUUCUAGGCUUCAAGAACAUGAAAUUAGUGCAGACCACUUAAUAAAUAUGAAUGCUUGGGCUGAUUUGCGUCGUAGAUUAAAGAUGAAUGAGACAAUUGAUAAAGUUUUUCGAGAACAAUUUUUGAAGCAUAAAGAGCAUUGGAGAAAUGUACUUUUUAGAGUUAUUGCUGUGGUGAAGUUUCUUUCAAAACAUAAUUUAGCUUUUCGUGGGAAAAAUGAAAAGUUGUAUGCGCAUAGCAAUGGAAAUUUUUUGGGACUCAUUGAGAUGUUGGCUGAGUUUGACCCUAUCAUUCAAGAACAUGUUCGUCGCAUAGAUAAUAAUGAGAUUCAUCAACAUUAUCUUAGGCAUAAAAUUCAAAAUGAAUUGAUUCAAGUGCUUGCUUCUUCAAUCAAGACAAAUAUCAUAAAGAAAAUCAAAGAUGCAAAAUACUUUUCUAUGAUAUUAGAUUGCACUCCAAAUGCGAGCCACCAAGAACAAAUGUCUUUAAUAUUAAGAUGUGUUGAUGUUUCUGUUUUCCCAUCAAAAGUUGAAGAAUUUUUUUUGGAGUUUUUGGUUGUGAAUGAUACAACAGGUCAUGGUCUCUUUGAAGUAUUGCAAAGUGUGUUGCAUUCUCUUGAACUUGACAUACAUAAUGUACGAGGACAAGGUUAUGACAAUGGAUCCAACAUGAGAGGAAAACACCAAGGCGUACAAAAAAGGUUUUUAGAUGUCAAUCCCAGGGCAUUUUACACUCCAUGUGGAAGUGUCAUAGUUUGAACUUAACUUUGUGUGAUAUUGGGGAUGGUUGUAGAAAAGCUAGAGAUUUUUUUGGUGUUGUUCAAAGAAUCUACACAAUAUUUUCUAAUUCAACAAAGAGAUGGCACAUUUUGAAAAGUAAUGUCAAGGGGUUAACUCUUAAGCCAUUGUCUAGUACUCGCUGGGAGAGUAGUGUAGAAAGUGUUAAAGCAUUGCUUGAAUUGGGAGAGAAGAUUUUGCAUCAAAAUGUGCAAAGAGAGUGUCUCUUUUUAUGUAAACUGGCCAUCGCUAAAUCUUCUCCUUCUAUACUGAAUAGCUGUUCGCUACGCCUUAGCUCUCUCCAGAUUUUCCCAGCGCUGAGACUGAGCUGCAGAAUCUGUAGGAGGUGUGAUGGCGAAGACGAAGCCCGGGAAGAAGGACCUCAACUCGUACACUAUCAGGGGAACAAAUAAAGUCGUCAGACCUGGGGAUUGCGUCUUAAUGAGACCAUCAGAUUCUGAUAACCUCCCGUAUGUGGCAAGAGUUGAGAAGUUUGAAGCUGACCAUCGGAAUAGUGUGAAGGUACAUGUGCGGUGGUACUACCGACCGGAGGAGUCAAAGGGUGGUCGCAGACAGUUUCACGGUUCUAAGGAACUGUUCCUGUCAGACCACUAUGAUGUGCAAAGUGCACAAACUAUAGAAGGAAAGUGUGUGGUGCAUUCUUUUAAAAACUAUACCAAGCUGGAUAAUGUGGGCCCCGAGGAUUACUACUGUAGGUUCGAGUACAAAACUGCCACUGGAGGGUUCACCCCUGAUCGUGUCGCUGUGUAUUGCAAGUGUGAAAUGCCUUAUAAUCCUGAUGAUCUCAUGGUUCAGUGUGAAGGCUGUGCAGAUUGGUUUCAUCCUUCCUGUAUGGGCAUGUCCAUUGAUGAAAUAAAAAAGUUGGAGCAUUUUGUGUGCUCGGACUGCUCCGGUGAAGAGGAGGCUAAAGAACAAAUGAAUUCAUUUCACGUAUCACCUGAGGCGGAGAGGAAACGCAGAAAGAGAAGUGGCUGAGCUUUGUGCAGCUGUGUGGCUUGGAAAAGAUCAGUAUGUAUUGUGUGUGUGUGCUGCAAACUGUACAGUGCUGAUCAAUGUUGGGCUUUUCAACAGACUAUGAAAGGUGACUGUCCUCUACCCCCCCCCCCCC